UGUGGGCGUGGAGACCGUGAACAUCAACAAGAGGAGAAAGAAGGAAACGGACGACGCCGGAGCCUCCCUUUUUUGGGGGUUGUUUUUAUUUUUAUUUUUAUUUUAUUUUAUUUAAAAGAAAAAAAAAACAAAACAAAACAAUUGGUUGUUUUGCUCAACAAUCGACAUGGGGUCUUAAGGAAGCAAUAUUGAAUAUUAUUUUUGCACACUUGGCCUGGUGCUGUUGACUGUUGUUGCUAGUUCGUGUGCUGUUCUUCGCCGCGGAGACGAACGAACGAACGAACGAACGGAGACUCUGAACGGAGACUCUGACUGGAGACCAGGGCUGCUUUUCCCGACGAGGAUGAAGAGGUUCCUGAAUGAAGAGCGCGAGAAGGAAGCCGUCACCCUCAUGAAGGAGCUGAGGUUGAACCUCGAGCAGGAAGCCGUCUACCUGCCGCGGGAAGCGGGACUGAAGCUGAUCGAAAGCCCUCCAGAGCAUAAGAACGGGAUCUCGGCGAGGUGCCGGGACGCCUGGGUCGAGGACCUGUGGAGCUUGACCAGCUUCUUCGGCUACGGCACCCGGACCUUCGUCCAGGCCGUGAACCUCCUGGACCGGUUCCUGGCCAUGAUGAAGGUGCAGCCCAAACACCUGCCCUGCAUCAGCAUCUGCUGCCUCCACAUCGCGGCCACGGAGCUGGAGGACAAGUGCAACGUGGUGCCAACGCACGAGCUCAUCCGCAUCAGCCAGUGCAGGUUCACCGUGUCGGACCUCAGCAGGAUGCAGAAGAUCAUCUCGGAGAAGCUGGACUUCCGCUUCAGAGCCGUCACCGCCUUAACCUUCCUGCACCUGUACCAUGCCGUCGUGCUUUUGCACACCUCAGACAGGAAAGAGAUCCUGAACCCGGGCAAGCUGGAGGCGCAGUUGAAAGCCUGCCUCUGUCGACUCGUUUUCUCCAGAGCUAAACCGUCCGUGCUGGCCCUGGCCCUCCUGACACUGGAGAUUGAAGCCCUUCAGUCCAUGGAGCUGCUGGAAAUUGCCCAGCGAGUGCAGAGGCACCUCAAGAUAGUGGAGGGUGAGCUGCUCUACUGGAGAGACCUUGUGGCCAAAUGCAUGGCAGAGUACCUGUCGCCAGAAUGUAGCAAACCCGACCACAGAAAACUCGUGUGGAUCGUGUCGAGGCGCACAGCGCAGAAUUUGCAUGCCAGCUACUACAGUGUCCCCGAGCUACCCACGAUCCCCGAGGGCGUGUGGGACGAGAGCGAAAGUGAGGACUCAUCGGAAGACAUGAGCUGCGGAGAGGACAGCCUGAGCAGGUCCGCUGGCAGCGAUGGAGAAGGCGCCUUCUUCCCAAUGCGCUUCCGCCGCCCUUAAGUUCCACCUCCCGCAGACGGGCCGCGGAGGAGGGCUGUGCACCCGGUGCUACUUCCGAUCACUCCCUUAAUUUAAAGUCUAAUAAGGCGAAGAGUGAGCGAUGUGUGUAGGGCAGUUAGAGCUGCCCGCUGUGUAUGCUGGCAGCAGUGCUUUAGGCCUGACCAAGUGCCUACUGUAUCUCCAUGUUUUGUUAAAGUUAUACUGUAUUUAAUAAUGUUUAAUAAUAUCCUCCGUCCGUUUGGGGACACAAUACUCCUGGCAGCUGACUCUCAGAUCUCCUGUUUCAACCAAAUGUUUUUAAGCUGUAGCUGUAGUUUUUUAGGAGCCCUUCGACGCAUGGUUAGACUUGCCACAUUCCAGGCGUUGUCAAAGCACAAGACGGACACGCGCGCGCGCUCUGUACCGUGUACCAUGUGUCCCGCAUGACGGGACACAGACUGUUCAAAGCACUUACUGCAGCUGUUUACAGGCAGAGCGCUGGAAAGGGAGGUAAUGGUGCCAACAGAUCAGCCAGUUCACAGGAUCUUCCAAUGUUUUUGGUUGUUAAAGGGUUAGCAUUAUGAAGUAUGCAUGAUGUUGAACUGUAACGUAUGCUCUGUGCUUGUUAACGUUAAGAACCACUUUAGUUUGAGUGUGAUAGAGAACUGUCAUAUGGACAUAUCGUAUGUGUACUAUAGACAUGUGGUAAACAGUGGAACUGUUAAAAUGUAAAUAGAGCUGUAAAAAGUAUAAAAGGACUUUAAAAACAAAACUGUAGCUUUGUGAAUACUGUGCAUUAGACAUUAACUUAUUAACUAUUGUGAUACAAAAAUACUAUGUUUUGUCAUUGUUUGGGGAGCAGUCUUAAAUACAGAACACAUUUUGAGA